GAAAGCGAGGCAACGUCAUUUAAAGCAAAGAUAUUCAGAGAGUGAGUAUGUUUUCGAGAGAAAGAAGACAUUACUGAACACAUUUAGCUAAGUCUAAAGCCUGGAAGGGGAAGGACAGUAUUGACUUGCCCUGUUUCAGACAGGUUUUUGGAGAUACUUGGAGAAGCUCUGUUGCGGCUUGGGAAGACGAGCAGGGGCUAUGCUGAGGGAGAGAGCUGCUUGUAGUCAGGGGUAGGGGUGUUAAACCAGAGGACAGAGGGGGAAAAGGCAAGUUUGCCACAUAGGAAAUCAUAUGAAUGGAUGCUUCAUCAAGUGUCAGAUUUCACAAAAUGAGAAACCACUGCACGAGCACAUCUACAGGGCUUACCCAGCUGAGAAAGGCUGGACGGGUCUUUAUGAGAAGCAGCUGUGAGGAGCGGCAGGCAAGCGUCCAGAGCCCAGGGACCCUGGGCCUGCAACAGCGCACACAGCGGCAACCCUUAUCGCUGGCGUUGCUACGGACCAUCACACACCAGGCAACUGAACUGACAGCAGUGCCAAUUACACAAGAGCCUAAGUACUGGCCGCGGAGCUCGGCGGUGACAGCGCUAAUGCCGACACUGGAUCUUGGCGCCGAGAGCAGGAGUGACAUCACGGGACCUUCAGGAUGCCGGCUGCUAGCACAAUGACCGGUGGGAGGGCUCUGCUGCUCUGUACGAACACUGACAACUGUAUCUACCAAUCAGUUAACGGGCUCCAGUGCUGUGGCUUAAAGGUUGGGGAGGCUCCGCCUGUGGUCCCCCGGCGGCGAGACGUGGUGUGUGGGGACGGGGACACCUCCGACCUGCCUGUCUCCCCUCUGGACGGGCCUGGAACUACUGACCCCAUGCUUGCUCACAAGAGAACCGACGCAGACCCCCGUACCACCAUGGAGAACGGACUCGGCGGCUGCAGCAAACUCAACAAGAACCCUGGUGGGCAGAAGACCAGCGCCAGCAUCCGGGACAAGAUCUCCCAGUGGGAGGGCAAGAAGGAGACUCUCCCUGGAAGCGGGCCGGGCCCGCUGACCGCCGCCCAGAAAGAACCGGAGAUUGUGAGAAAGAAGGAGACCGCCAAGACCUCUGAGGUCCACAGGACGGACAGCAAGAGGUUGGUCAAUUGGGACCGGCAGGACUCUGGUAAAGAGAAUGCAGGGAAGCAGGCGGACCUGAGGCCUACAUCUCCAGAGGGUCCCACUACCAAGGACAGGGAGGUGACGCCGGAGAAAGGACCACUCAGAGGCAGUAAGCCUACAGAGACGGCCAAGGACAGGGAGGUGACACUGGAGAGAGGACCGCUCAGAGGCAGUAAGCCUACAGAGAAGGCCAAGGACAAGAAGUCUGUUUUGACUCACAUUAAGAAACUGGAGCAGGCCAUGAAAGAGGCUCCCGCCAAGCCCUCCCUGGUGUUACCUGGGAACUACUUCUGCCCCCCUUCCAAGGAGGAGCAGGAGGAGGCAGAGAGGCGGGCGAACGAGCCCAUUUUCGGCACUCUGGAUGUUGUGGGCCCGCGGCCCGCCGGCUCAACACGGCGGCGGAGGUCGGGUGACCCCGAGAAUGUGUACACAGAGCCUGCUGUCGCCAGUCCCUCCAUCAACCCCUUACCAAAACCCCAGCGCACCUUCCAGCACCACACCCCGCCCAGCACCCCAACCUCAGGCCUGGGAUUGGGUAAGGGGAGACGUAACCUGCCCCCACUUCCCUCCAUCCCCCCGCCACCCCUACCCACCUGCCCACCGCCUGGAGUCUGCAGGAGGCCCUGGACAGACAGACCCAGAGACAGCAGCAACAGGAAGUCCUAUGAGUUUGAAGAUCUGCUCCAGUCGUCGUCAGACAGCAACAAGGUGGACUGGUACGCUCAGUCACGCCCGAGCCUCACACGCACUUUAUCAGAGGAGAACGUCUACGAGGAUAUCCUAGACCCUCCAUCAAAGGAGAACCUUUACGAAGAUAUAGAGUUGGAAAGAAGUUGUCUUGGAAACAAGUGCUCUUUACCAAUCACCUCCCCCUCAUCCCCCGUACCUGACACACCAACCAAGCACUCCUCGAAGCCAGGGUUUUUCAGGCAGAACACGGAACGUCGCAGCUUCAAGCUCCUGGAACUACGUAAAACCAACCGGGAAUCUGGCCUCUCCUCGCCAUCCCGCAUCAGCCCUCCCUCCACUCCCAGCAGCCCUGACGACACCCCGAACCUCUCAGGAGACCCGUAUAACCGCAGACGCAGAAAGAUCCCCAAGAUGGUGCUGAAGAUCAACGGCAUCUUUGAGGCGAGGAGAGGGAAGAAACGCAUGAAGAGGGUGUCUCAGUCAACAGAGUCCAGCUCAGGGCGAGAUGAGAACAGUGAGUCAGAGAGUGACACAGAGGAGAAGCUGAAAGCUCACAGCCAACGUCUGUCGUCGGUGCAGUCAAUGUUAAGACAGACGGGACGAUACCGGACCCUCGAAAGGGACCUGAUGGACCUCCAGGAGAGGAAGCUUUUUGAGUACUUCAUAGUGGUGGCCCUCCAUAAGACCAAGGCUGGAGCACCUUAUCUACCAGUAGUCACUCAGCAGUUCCCCCUGAAGCUGGAGAGAAGCUUCAAGUUCAUGCGGGAAACUGAGGACCAACUGAAGGUCAUCCCUCAGUUCUGUUUCCCUGACGCUAAAGACUGGGCCCCCGUUGACAGCUUCCCCAGUGAAACGUUCUCUUUCGUCUUGACUGGUGAGGAUGGGAGCCGGAGGUUCGGAUACUGUCGUCGUUUACUGCCGAGUGGUAAAAGCCGGAGACUGCCAGAGGUCUACUGUAUUGUCAGCCGGUUGGGUUGUUUCGACCUCUUCUCUAAGAUCCUGGAUGAAGUGGAGAAGAGACGGGCCAUCUCUCCAGCCCUGGUGCAGCCGUUCAUGAGGGGCAUCAUGGAGGCUCCGUUCCCUGCCCCGGGGAGGAUCAUCACCGUGAAGAACUUCCUGCCUGGGUCUGGCACUGAGGUGAUAGAGCUCUGUCGCCCGUCUGACUCUCGCCUGGAGCAUGUGGACUUUGAGUGUCUGUUCUCUUCCCUGUCUCUGCGUCUGCUCCUCCGAGUUUUUGCCUCUCUGCUCCUGGAGCGCAGGGUCAUCUUCACCGCUGACAAACUCAGUACUCUGUCUCAGUGCUGCCAUGCAGUGGUGGCUCUCCUGUACCCGUUUACCUGGCAACACACCUAUAUCCCUGUGCUUCCCCCGGCCAUGCUGGACAUAGUAUGUACCCCCACCCCCUUCAUCGUGGGCCUGCUGUCCAGCUCCCUGCCCAGCCUGAAAGACCUGCCCAUAGAGGAGGUCCUGGUGGUUGACCUCUGUAACAGCCGCUUCCUCAGACAGCUGGAUGAUGAGGACUCCAUUCUGCCUCACAAGCUGCAGGCUGCCCUGGAACAUGUCCUGGACAAGAGGAAGGAACUGGCCGGCGAGAUGCCCACGGACUCCAGCUCCCUCAGCACCGUGGUGUCCGAGACCUUUGUCCGGUUUUUCGUGGAGAUGGUGGGCCACUACCCUCUCUUCAUGGGCGGGGGGGAUCGAGAGGACGAUUCUGUGGCCCCCUCCUCCUUCGCCUCCUCCUGCUUCCAGCGUGAAGCCUUCCGUAAGGCCGUCACCUCCAAGAGUCUCAAGAGGUUUCUGGAGGUCUUCAUGGAGACCCAGAUGUUUGCUGGGUUCAUUGCGGAGAGGGAGCAACGGAGGCAGGGUCUUAGAGGUAUGGAGAGGCUGGGUCUUACAGGUACAUACAGAAGGGAUACAGCCAAGCUGAGUCUUACAGGUACAUACAGAAGGGAUACAGACAAGCUGAGUCUUACAGGUACAUACAGAAGGGAUACAGACAAGCUGAGUCUUACAGGUACAUAUAGAAGGGAUACAGACAAGCUGAGUCUUACAGGUACAUAUAGAAGGGAUACAGCCAAGCUGAGUCUUACAGGUACAUACAGAAGGGAUACAGACAAGCUGAGUCUUACAGGUACAUACAGAAGGGAUACAGACAAGCUGGGUCUUACAGGUACAUACAGAAGGGAUACAGCCAAGCUGAGUCUUACAGGUACAUACAGAAGGGAUACAGCCAAGCUGAGUCUUACAGGUACAUACAGAAGGGAUACAGUCAAGCUGAGUCUUACAGGUACAUACAGAAGGGAUACAGCCAAGCUGAGUCUUACAGGUACAUACAGAAGGGAUACAGACAAGCUGGGUCUUACAGGUACAUACAGAAGGGAUACAGCCAAGCUGAGUCUUACAGGUACAUACAGAAGGGGCACAGCCAAGCUGAGUCUUACAGGUACAUACAGAAGGGGUACAGCCAAGCUGGGUCUUACAGGUACAUACAGAAGGGGUACAGCCAAGCUGGGUCUUACAGGUACAUACAGAAGCGAUACAGCCAAGCUGGGUCUUACAGGUACAUACAGAAGGGGCACAGCCAAGCUGAGUCUUACAGGUACAUACAGAAGGGGUACAGCCAAGCUGGGUCUUACAGGUACAUACAGAAGGGGUACAGCCAAGCUGGGUCUUACAGGUACAUACAGAAGCGAUACAGCCAAGCUGGGUCUUACAGGUACAUACAGAAGGGGCACAGCCAAGCUGAGUCUUACAGGUACAUACAGAAGGGGUACAGCCAAGCUGGGUCUUACAGGUACAUACAGAAGGGGUACAGCCAAGCUGAGUCUUAUAGAUACAUACAGAAGGGGUACAGCCAAGCUGGGUCUUACAGGUACAUACAGAAGGGGUACAGCCAAGCUGGGUCUUACAGGUACAUACAGAAGGGGCACAGCCAAGCUGAGUCUUACAGGUACAUACAGAAGGGGUACAGCCAAGCUGAGUCUUACAGGUACAUACAGAAGGGGUACAGCCAAGCUGAGUCUUACAGGUACAUACAGAAGGGAUACAGCCAGGCAAGUUUUAAAAGGAAGCAAGGCAGGGUCUUAAAGGAAAUCAAAUUUUCAAAAUCAAAUUUAUUUAUAAAGCCCUUUUUACAACAGCAGUUGUCACAA